AUGUUACCUUACCCUAACCCUCACCAUUUCGGCGUCUCCCAAGAACCCCCACACCCAAACCCUACCGGCUUCCCCAUGCUUCCGCCGGGCGCGCAUCUGGAGCAGCAGCGCUACGUGGACCAUCACUUCUUCCCCGGCCACGGCCACUUCAACUCCGAGACACUGGAGGCGGUGCUGAGGCCGACGCGCGCUGCUCCAGAGUGCGAGGCCGUAGUGGCGGCGGCGCAGGGUGGAAGAAGAAACGGUGUGCCUGCUGCCGCCGCCGGCCAGGGCCAGGACCACGCCCCGGCGCGGAAGCGGCCGUUCCGGACGGACAGGCACAGCAAGAUCCAGACGGCGCAGGGCGUGCGCGACCGCCGGAUGCGGCUGUCCCUCGACGUCGCGCGCGACUUCUUCGCGCUGCAGGACCGGCUCGGCUUCGAUAAGGCCAGCAAGACGGUGGACUGGCUGCUCACCCAGUCCAAGCCGGCCAUCGAACGGCUCGACGCCACCGAGCCCUCCCAGCGAAGCGUGGGCGGCAGCGACGACGCAGCUUUGUCACCCCCGACGUCAGGGGCGGCUGAUGGAUCAGGUAAGAGGGGAGGAGUUGCCGAGAAGUUGGGCUCCAGGAGUGGGGGAUCAGCGUCCAUGGAGAUGGAGCACACCUGCGAGCUGGACCGCCUCGUGUCGGCCGCACCAGUGCUUGGUGAGUACUACUACGGCCUCAGCGAAGUGAUGAGCAACGACAACGGGGGAGAUGGCGACGACGAUGGUGAGUACGAGGAAGACGGUGAUUUCCUGGACGGUAUGCAAUAUUAG